AUGGUAAAGUUCGCAAGCGCAGAGGACGAAAACUUCGUAAAGGUUGCCACAAUGUUGGGCCUAUACUCUAUGAAGGCAAUCGCAGCGUUUCCGAAAGAUCGGGAAGACGGAAACGUCAUCGAAGGUCCGGGAUAUGCGCCCUUAUACAAUUCUGACUCGGCUUACAUUUCACAAAACAGAAAAUGGCAAACAUGA